CAAGCGUGAACCAAAGUAGAAAAGUCAUUUUGAGUAACAGCACGAAUCUGCUCUCAUUUGGUAUUUUAACGCUAGAUGUUAUGCUUCUACAUAACAUACAGCUGAUGGCGUGGGAAAAUCAGGAAUCAAUUCGUAACAAAAUGCUCAAAGAUCCAGAUGUGUUCGCAUUCAACGCACUGUUCAUGGAGCCAUCAAAGGUUGAGGUGAAGAGGAACGAAAUAUAUCACCAAUAUGACAGUUUUUCAAGAAGACAAAACCUUCGCCAAGAGGCAGAGGAAUCUGACUUCGGAAUGAAUCUUCUAGAAAAUGUACUGGAAAUAGGUAUGAGUACUGCACGCGCCGCUAUACACCUCGGGAGAGCUUUCAAGAACACCAAGAUGGUUUUGAACCAGCUGUCAAAUCGAGAAGCGUUAAAUGCCAACAUUCAAAAUCAACUUUCGCGCAACAUUGAUGCCAACACACACGCGCUGAAUCAUCUCCAAACGUCAUUCAAUAAGAAUGACAGUACGAGUUCCAGUGUUGCCAACUCUACGAAUGCAAUUUAUACCGAUUUAGAUUGUGUUUGGUUGUUGUAUUGCAAGAAUUUGGUGGCUACGGCGAAGUUGAACGCACCGUACGGUACAAUGGCUAGGAUUAAUGGGCUUGCGCUGCGUAUGCUGACGGGUGAGGUGCCAGCUGACCGGGCCAUAGAUAUCAUGAUGUACGAAGUAUUAACAGGAUGGACAGAACUGAAAUGUACAGACAUGUUUCCGAGAUGCAGCAAAGCAAAUCCAGCGACAGUGGUACUUGACUCAAUUCUUCAGCCAUUGAGAAAAUCACAAAAUACUUCUAAUAGGUUAUAGUAAAAAUGUUAGAAGGACAAAAACUACUAAAAGUAGCACUGUUCUGUUUUUAGUAGUACAGUGCUACUCAUAGUAAUAUUCAUGAAGUAAUAGGUCAAUUUAAAGAAAAGAUGAAAAGUUU